CUCGUCCAAGUUAAACGAUUUAAACUCACAUAUUCAGAAUCAGCGUCUCCUUAGCUCCCUUUUAAUAAUAAAAUGUGUCUACUUCGAAGCUAAAUUCAAUAACUUACACCUCACACACUCUUCGUAACGUCAGCUCCACAUGAGACUACCUCAGUAUAGUCAACUGACCCCCGUUAGCCCCACUCGAAACUAACAUUCAAAUAUAUGAAAACGUUCCCCAGGACCUACUCUAUUUGCUCUGCAAGCGACUUUUUGUUUAAGUCGAGUUAUGGAUUUUUCAAAACCCAUAGGGAUUUCGUGGUUUUCCCUACCUGGUCUAAUAUCCUUCUGGUCUACUUUAGUCUUCAGCCACUUGAUGUCGAAUUUAUGAAACGAUUACAUGAUCGUGUUAAUAUUAUUCCAGUUAUAGCUAAAGCAGAUACUUUGACAUCCGAUGAACUGAGAAUAUUUAAAAAAUCAAUAUUACAAGAUAUUCAUAAUGAAAAAAUUAAAUUACAUGAGUUUCCAGAUUGUGACGAUGAUGAAGAAAAUAAACUAACAAAAGCAUACAAAGAAAAAGUUCCAUUCGCAGUUGUGGGAAGUAACAUUAUAUUGGAACGAGGAAGUAAACGAGCGAGAGUUAGACAAUACGCAUGGGGAGUUGUAGAUGUUGAAGAUGAAGCACGCAGUGAUUUUAUUGCAUUGAGGAGUAUGCUUAUUCGAACAAAUUUAAACGAUUUGCGUGAUGUUACUCAUAAUAUUCACUAUGAAAAUUAUCGUUAUAAAAAGUUAAGUCAUUCGAUCAGUAGUAAUACUACUGGUAGUGAUUCAGCUAAAGCGGGAUCAAACAAAUCAUUGCAAUCGAAUAAGUAUGUUCAGUGUUUAAACGUAUAUGAAGUCUAAAAUGUUUAUUUUUUUAUUUUUAUAUGAAUUUUUUUUCUCA